AUGGCUUCAGCUUCAGCUUCAGCGUCGGCGUCGGCUUCACGACACGCCCAGGACGCCUCGCUGUCGCUGGCCCCGUUGACGUCGCCCAUUGGCGGUGGAGGAACUGGCGGCCACAGUCACCAGCAGGACCUGCACCUCGUCGAUGCUGCCGACGGCGGCCACACCGCCAGCAUCAGCCUCGGGGGUCCGUCGUCGCCCGUCGACGCCGCCGACCUGUCCUCGCGCCGCCCGGGCAAGCGUCCGGCCGCCCGCGGCACGGCCUUUUACCCCCGGAAGCGCGCCAACACGGCCUGCCAGGUGUGCAGGGCGCGCAAGACAAAGUGCGACAACAAGAAGCCCGCCUGCAGCUACUGCGUCAGCGUGGGCGCUACGUGCAUCCAGUCGCCCGUCGACCUGUCCAGCUUCGACCCCGCCAGCCUGAAGAUCCUCGAUCGCAUCGACGAGCUGGAGCGCCUGCUGCGCCAUGCCCACGCCGACGACGACGGCGUCACCAUCAGCAGCCUGCUGCCCCAGCGUGUGGAUCACAUCCUGCAGUGGCCAAUCUUCCACAAUUCCGGGUCCCACCACCACUCGCCAGCCUCUUAUCGCGCCCCUCCCGAUGCCAUCGCGACGCCGCCCUCGGGAUCGGCCUCGCUGGCCGGCCUCAUCGACAUGGACUCGCACCGCAUCUACCGCCUGCUGGACAACUUCUUCCUGCACAUCCACUGCAAGAACCCGAUCCUGGACGAGGUGCUGGCCCGCCGCAUGGUUCUAAACGCCUUUCUCGACGGCAUCGACUGGUCGCCCGCCUCGUGCCUGGCCCUCAUCAUCUGCGCCCUCGGCUGCAUCGCCACGCCCUUUGGCCCCAGCGGCGAGACCAAGCUGGGCACGCAGACGUACAAUGACUCGCAAAUCUUCUUCCAGGCGGCGCAGAAGCGCAUCGGCAUCCUGCUGGUGCGCUCCGACAUUGUGGGCGCGCAGUGCCUGUUCCUGUCGGGCAUCUACCUCAUGAUGGUCUUCCAGCCCGUCUACGCCUGGCGCUUCUUCUCCCAGGCCCUGGCCGCGUGCCAGCACUUCCCCUUCCUCGCCCGCGCCCAGAACCUCAGCGCCUCGCUCGACUCCAUGGAGAUGGGCCGCCAGGACACGCAGGAGCAGGCCGUCUACUGGUCCGCCUGGAAGUCGGAGCGCGAGCUGCGCCAGGAGCUGGACCUGCCCGACUUUGACAUCCUGCACGCCGGCAGCACGCUGUACCCGCCCUUCUUCCCCGCGCCGCCCGUGGCCCCGGCCGAGUCGCCGGACGGGCCCGACUCGGAGACGCAGCGCGCCCGCGCCGCCUGGCUCUUCUACCUGGCCGAGAUUUCGCUGCGCCGCCUGACCAGCCGCCUGUCGCGCGAGGUGCUGGACCUGCGCCAAAAGUACGCCUCGGACGCGGUGCUGCUCGACAUGCUGCUCGACAUGAUGCCCGAGUACGAGGCCCAGAUCGGCGAGUGGUCCGAGAGCCUGCCGGCCGACCUGUCCAUCCACACGCCCGUCGACGAGGACGGCAUCUGCCGCUCCGUGCUGCGCGGCCGCAUGAUCAACCUCUUUGAGCAGCUCUACUGGCCCUUUGUCAUGGCCAGCAUCAGCGCCCACGUCGCCCGCCGCGCCGUCAAGCCCGCUGUCGCCGACUUCGCCAAGCGCGGGCUCGAGACGCACAUGCUGCAGGUGCGCGUCAACAAGCCCGGCUUCCACCACCGCCACCACGGCAGCAUGUUCAUGAUCCGCGCCUGCACGCGCAGCGCGCUGGUGCUGCUGGCCGCGGCGAGGGCCGGGUGCGCCAUGCCCACGGACUGGGAGGACUCGGUGUACAAGACGGUGGGCAUGCUGGCCUACUGGGAGGACGAGGACAGGGACUUGAUACACUGGCGGGCGACGCUGGAGCGGGAGCUUUCCCUGACGCGGCAUGAAUGAAGACCAAAAACGAUACCUUUUACUUUUUUACUUUUUUCUUAUAAUGAUGGCAGAUUAAUUCAUUUCUUCUCUUGCGAGGAGCGGCAGUUUGACUCUUGUCUUGAUCUUUCCUUGUUUACUUCUGUAUGUACUUUUCUUUAGCUUACAAGUAGAAUGCGGUACGACAUGAGCACAUGCCACGGAGUCGUGGUGCAGAAGAU